AUGAUCAUUGGGAGAUUUACAACCGAGCUCCGAACGGAUUUCUCCGUCGAGGACUUCGAAGAGUUCGGGCGACGCGUCACGCCACUUGCCGUAGGUUACGGCAUCGACAGCGUCCCUGAUAUAACAGUGGACGCACCCGCGAUCCAGUCAGAUCUCGCCUACGAAGAGAAUGGUCAUCUCAUCUCGGGCAUGGCGGCAUGGGUGAACGACGAGAUGCAGAGACCCCUCGCCUUCCUCGAGCGUAUGGGAGGAAUUGCCCACCGUGAAAGGCGUAGGGAGAACAUCAGGCUUGCCUUGGCCACCGGGGUUAUUGCGGCGGUAGUUGCUCUAUACGUCGAACGCGGUGGUGCGUGA